AUGGCCUCCGUGGCCCGCCGCCUGUUCUCCACGACCUCCUCCCACCGCCAAGCCUCCGCAACAGAAGCAUGUAGUGAACUCCUCACCCGUUUCCAAAAAGGGCCCGUCUCGAUCCGUAAACAGCUCCUCGAUGCAAACCAACUUCAGCUGCUCUCCAUAACACUCAACCGUACACCCUCCUCUUUCAACCCGCCACCAACCGGCACGCCGAUUCCACCCGGCUACCACCUGGUCUAUUUCACUCCCUCAAUCAAUGAAGCCGAAUUAGGACUUGAUGGCACAGAUCGCACUGUGAACCCUCUGAGUCCAUUUACCAGACGAAUGUGGGCUGGUGGCGAGUUGACGUGGGCGCAAGACCGGAACGCAUUGCUGAGAGUGGGCCAAGAAGUCAAAGAGACGACGAAACUGCUGAGUGCUGAGCCUAAAACGUUGAAGAAUGGAGGAGAAAUGCUGCUCGUGGGUGUCGAGAAGACCUUCUCAAAUGACCACGGUAUCGCAUUAACGGACCGCCGUAAUUGGGUAUUUCAGCGUGAACUUACACCUGAGAAUCCAAUAAGAGCACCACCAAAGCCAGAAGAGAAAGAGCUACCUACUGGAAAGCACCAAAGAGAUUUUUGCCAAACGCCUACUUCGUUGUUUCGCUUCUCGGCGCUGACGUUCAAUGCGCACAAGAUACACUACCUACCUGAGUGGUGCAGAGAAGUAGAGGGUCACAGGAAUGCUGUUGUACAUGGACCGCUCAACCUCAUCAAUAUGCUGGACUUUUGGCGAGAUACGAGCAAGAAUGGGGACACGGAGGCAGUACCCAGAUCCAUAGCGUAUCGUGCUAUGAGCCCGCUAUACGUCGGUGAGCCGUAUCGAAUACUACUGGAGCACGAUCCAACACCCGGAGGAUGGAGAGCGGGAGUGUGGGAUAGUUUUGGAAAGCAGAGUAUGAAGAGCACUAUCGCAGAAUAG